AUGGUGCUGCUAUUUCUACAGAAUAGCCAAUUGCAAAGAUCACCUUUACAACUGCGACAUUGGCUUUCAUGGCAUUCGUCGUUCCCAUCUUUGUUUAACCAUUUCACCUUACUCAUAUUUCUCACAUUUUCCACAAUUACUGUGGCAUCGCCAGGGGAUGACCUUUAUGCCUUUCUGGACUGUUUAUACCAAUGUGAACAACUUACUUGCUACAAUAAUCCAUACCACAUUCUUCAACGUGAAUUGAUCCAAAACACGCACCCUACAAGACGGUAUACGAUUGAGCAAAAUUAUUACAAUCCAAAUUGGCAAUUCGACGCCAUGCCUUUACCACUCCACCUCCGUCUUUUAGGUUGGAGUUGUAUUUCCAAUUGCGAUUACCAAUGCCAGAGAGUGAUUACUAUGGAGCGAAGAAAACAUGAUGAUGAAGAGACUUUGCAAUUCCAUGGUAAAUGGCCAUUCUGGCGUAUAUAUGGAAUCCAAGAACUUGGCUCGGCUAUAACUUCUAUGGGAAACUUUUAUGUCAAUUACAAAUAUGGAUUUUUGCGUAUUUGUGAUAGAUUAAAAGCACCAUUGGCAUAUGAACACAAAUUGCUUUAUGUGAAUAUCCUUGUUGUUACAAUUAUCACGAUGCUAGCAUGGACUGCCUCAACAAUUUUUCAUAUACGAGACUUUAAACUUACUGAGCAUAUGGAUUACUAUCUUGCUGGAGCAACAGUGCUCUCGCAAUUCCAUGCGUUAGUAGCAAGGGUUUUGGCAUUGUACAGAGAGGAUCGAAAAUUGUAUAGAAGAGUUUUUGCCGCGGCUUGUAUCUUGGCCUACGUUGGACACGUGUGGCGAUUAGUUACUGAUUGGUCGUAUACUUAUAAUAUGCGGGCAAAUAUCACUGUGGGUAUAGGACAGAAUUUGGCAUACUGUGCCUUGGUCUACCUGUUAUACAGCAAUUACUAUUGGUUGGAGAAAGACCAAUUGGAACCAAAAAAAUUGGAGCCGGAGCAAGCACCAGCAAAAGUUGGAGAAACCAUUACUUCAAAUGGUCGUGCAAACCAGUGCCAUCUCAAAUACAUUGAUUUUAAAAGAAUUAUUCUUCCUUCAUUUUAUUCUCGCUCAGCAAAAUUGUACUCAUUGUAUCCAAUACUAUUAUGUACUAUUGUCAUUUGUGGAAUGCUGCUUGAGAUUUUUGAUUUCCCGCCCAUUUGCUACGAUUUAAUAGAUGCACAUUGUCUAUGGCACUUUGUCACUAUUUGGCCGGCGUACUACGGAUUCUACGACUGGUUUGUUUGGGAUGUCGAUGAACAUGCAUGGAGUGAGGUGAAGGAGUCAUUACAAGCAGCAAAAAGAAAAAAAUUGUGA